AAAGCACCUUCCAAAUUUAGCAAGAAGCAAAACCCAAAAAUCAUCACCAUCAACCACAGAACACUGAAAUCAAGAACAAGAAAACAAAAAUUAGAAGAAAAAAAAUGGGUUCAGAGACAUUUCUAGAGGUGAUAUUGGCAAUUCUGUUACCUCCUGUUGGGGUCUUCCUCAGAUAUGGAUGUGGAGUGGAAUUCUGGAUAUGCUUGUUGCUGACAAUUUUGGGAUAUAUACCUGGGAUUAUAUAUGCUAUUUAUGUAUUGGUUGGAUAAUUAAGGUGUAAUUUUAUUUUCUUGAUAUUUAUGUACAUGUUUUUAUGAUACUUGAAUCAUUUUCUGGUUA